AGGCAAGUCACGAUCGGCUUUCGCUGAUUUUUCAAAUUAAAAUCCCUUCCAGUCACCAUGUACGGCGCCUUCGAAAGAACAUUGCGGGUCAAACACCAAAUAUACAUGCUGUCUCAGAAGAAUGCCUAUCCCUAUGCCAUGUGGCCGCUACAUGGGAACGUCUUCGAGAACCAGGGGUAUGAAGCGGACAGCCCGGGCGCGGUCCACCCUCCGCUGGGCGACCCCAGCCAGGCCACCAUUGCGAUCGAGGGCAUGAGCUGCCAGUCCUGUGUCCAGUCCAUUGAGGGCGAGCUGUCCGAUGUGAGGGGCGUGGUGGGAGUGAAGGUGUCUCUGGCCCAGGCUCACGCCCAGGUGGAGUACAGUGCCUCGGCCCUCACCGCGCAGGAGGUGUGCCGGCGGAUUGAGGACAUGGGCUUCGGGGCCAGCGUGGUGGCGGGCGAGUGCGGCGCCGGCGGGUCCUCGGUGAGGCUGCGGGUGAGGGGGAUGACCUGCCGGUCUUGCGCGAGCGCCAUCGAGGGGAAGGUGGGGAAACUGCGGGGCGUGCUGCAGAUCAGGGUGUCCCUCAGCCGGCAGGAAGCCGUCGUCGCCCACCUGCCACACCUCGUCCAGCCCGAGGACCUGAGGAACUGCAUCGAGGAGAUGGGCUUCGAGGCGGCCAUCGGGACCGAGCCCCAGCCCCCCGGGGCGGCCCGGCUGCGGGCGGGGGGCAGCGCCCAGGAAGGGCCGCCGGCGGAGCGGGGCGCUGGCCAGGACGCGGCGGGAGAGUGGCGCAGCGCGGUCCUGGGCGUGCAGGGGAUGCGCUGCGAGUCCUGUGUGAAGAACAUCACCGGGCACCUCUCCGAGGUGGCAGGGGUGCGGAGCAUCGCCGUUAACCUGGGACGCAGAAGUGCCGCGCUGCAAUAUAAUCCCUCCUUAAUCACCCUGGAAUCUGUGAAGCGGCGGAUAGAAAGCCUCCCGCCGGGGAAUUUCGAAGUGUCCCUGCCCAGCGAUGUGAGCGGCCUGCCUGUGGCUGCCCCGCUGUGGGCCACCGACCCUGGGUUCGGCCAGCAGCCCGGGCUGAGCCCUGGGGAGAACCGGUCUUCGCCGGUUGUGAUUAACAUUGGGGGCAUGACCUGCAAGUCCUGUGUGCAGUCCAUAGAAGGCGUGGUUUCCCAGAGGGCAGGUGUGCAUGCCAUAAAGGUGUCUCUGCCUGACGAGAGGGGCACCAUCCACUAUGACCCGAAACUCACCAACCCAGAGGAGCUGAGGGCUGCCAUAGAAGACAUGGGCUUUGAGGCCUCCAUAGCAGCUGUUCCGGAAGCCCUGUGGUCCAACGGUCAGAUCUCAGAAUCCCAGCCCGGGCCCCCCCCCCUCGGCCCAUCACCCCCGUCCUUCCAGUCCCGGUCCCCCCGCCGCCCAGAGCACGCCGUUGUCCCGCACACGGGAGAGGCAGCACCCCGGGGCUCAGAGGACGGGAGAACCCAGAAGUGCUUCAUCCACGUGACGGGCAUGACCUGCACCUCCUGCGUGGCCAACAUCGAGAGGAGCCUGCAGAAACACAGGGGUAUAGUGUCUGUGCUGGUGGCCCUCAUGGCGGGAAAGGCUGAGGUGAAGUAUAAUCCCGAGCUUCUGGAUGCUUUACAGAUAACACAGCUCAUUAUCGGCCUUGGCUUUGGCGCCACUCUGAUUGAGGACAACGCCAUCACAGACGGAAAGCUGGACCUUGUGGUCACUGGAAUGACGUGUGCGUCCUGUGUGCACAACAUCGAGGCCAAGCUGAUGGGAACCAGGGGAGUUGUGGAAGCUUCAGUCGCUCUGGCCACCAGUAGAGCUCACAUUAAGUUUGACCCUGAGAUCUUGGGAGCUCGGGACCUCAUCCGGAUUAUAGAGGGGUUGGGUUUUGGUGCAUCCAUUAUGAAAAAUGAAGGUGUGGGCAGUAACCUGGAUCACCAAGAAGAGAUAAAACAGUGGAAAAACUCGUUCCUGUUCAGUCUGGUGUUCGGUAUCCCUGUCAUGGGGCUCAUGAUCUACAUGAUUGUCAUGGACAGCAAGCACAGCAGUUCCAUGCCCAAGGAGCAGAAUAUCGUGCCGGGACUCUCCAUCCUCAACCUGGCCUUUUUUGUCCUCUGCACCCCCGUCCAGGUUUUUGGAGGCCGGUACUUCUACAUCCAGGCCUAUAAAUCCCUGAAGCAUAAGGCUGCCAACAUGGAUGUGCUCAUAGUGCUGGCGACCUCUGUCUCGUAUGUUUACUCCUGUGUGGUUCUGAUAGUGGCCAUGGUGGAGAAAUCGGAUCAAAGUCCGGUCACAUUCUUCGACACUCCUCCUAUGCUGUUUGUUUUUAUUGCCCUGGGCCGCUGGCUGGAGCAUGUAGCAAAGAGUAAAACGUCUGAAGCACUGGCUAAGCUGAUGUCCCUGCAGGCCACAGACGCCACAGUAGUAACUAUGGGCCCAGACAACUCUGUGCUCAGAAAUGAAGAUGUCUUUAUGGCCUUGUUGUCUAGUGAGGAAGCGGGGCUGCAGUGUGUGUGUUUCCCCACAGGGGAGCCUAUGCCCGUCACCAAGAAGCCAGGCAGCACGGUGAUCGCUGGCUCCAUCAACGCCCACGGCUCUCUGCUUGUCCAGGCCACGCACGUCGGGGCCGACACCACCUUAUCCCAGAUCGUGAAACUAGUGGAGGAAGCCCAGACAUCCAAGGCACCUAUACAGCAGUUUGCAGACAAGUUGAGCGGGUAUUUUGUGCCUUUCAUUGUCAUCAUCUCUGUUCUGACGUUAGUGGUCUGGCUCAUCAUUGGUUUCUUGAACUUCAGUAUAGUAGCUGAUUUUUUUCCCGGCUACGACAGGGACACCCCCCGCGUCGAUGUCGUGGUGCGCUUCGCCUUCCAGGCCUCCAUCACGGUCCUGGCCAUCGCCUGCCCCUGCUCCCUGGGCCUGGCCACCCCCACCGCCGUCAUGGUGGGCACCGGGGUGGGGGCGCAGAACGGCAUCCUCAUCAAAGGAGGGGAGCCCCUGGAGAUGGCCCACAAGAUCAAGGCGGUGAUGUUUGAUAAGACGGGCACAAUCACGAACGGCGUGCCACGGGUGAUGCGUGUGUUGAUCCUACCGGACAGCGGGCGGCUGCUGCCCCUCAGGAAGGUGUUGGCAGUGGUGGGCACAGCGGAGGCCAGCAGUGAGCACCCGCUGGGCGUCGCCGUCGCCAAGUACUGCAAAGAGGAGCUGGAGACGGACGCGCUGGGAUAUUGCACAGAUUUCCAGGCCGUACCAGGAUGUGGGAUCAGCUGCAAAGUCACCAACAUUGAGGCCCUCCUGCAGACACACCAGGGGAACAAGAACACCAAGAACACCCAGCUUACCCACAGUGAAGGAGCCCCCACUGACGAGAGCCUCCUGGUCAUCGACACUGACACUGCAGGUCCGCCCCCCUGUCCCACCUACUCUGUGCUGAUCGGGAAUCGAGAGUGGAUGAGACGCAACGGGCUGCUUGUCCGGAGAGACGUGGAUGACGCCAUGUGCAGCCAUGAGGUUAAAGGGCAGACGGCCAUUCUGGUGGCCAUUAACGGCGUGCUGUGCGCCAUGAUUGCCGUCGCGGACACGGUGAAGACGGAGUCGGCCCUGGCCGUGCACGUCCUGGACAGCAUGGGCAUCGAAGUGGUCAUGAUCACCGGGGACAACCGGAAAACCGCCAGAGCCAUCGCCACGCAGGUGGGCAUCCGGAAGGUGUUUGCCGAGGUGCUGCCGUCCCACAAGGUAGCCAAGGUGCGGGAGCUGCAGGAGCGCGGCUGGAAGGUGGCCAUGGUGGGCGAUGGGGUGAACGACUCCCCCGCCCUGGCCAGGGCCGACGUGGGCAUCGCCAUCGGCACCGGCACCGACGUUGCCAUCGAGGCCGCCGACGUGGUUCUGAUCCGGAAUGAUUUAUUAGAUGUUGUGGCCAGUAUUGAAGUAUCCAAGAAAACGGUGCAAAGAAUAAGAAUCAACUUUGUUUUUGCACUGAUUUACAACUUGUUGGGAAUACCUAUAGCUGCAGGUGUGUUCAUGCCAGCAGGCUUGGUGUUGCAGCCCUGGAUGGGGUCAGCAGCUAUGGCAGCGUCCUCUGUCUCUGUGGUGGUGUCUUCGCUCUUACUCAAACUAGUCCAAGAAAUGGCCAUUCACAAUCCCAGCCACUACAAAAACCAUCAAUAAAUGAGAACAGACAAGGAACCAUGCAAGGAGUAAGAGCGAAAGGGACCCAGAGACUUUGAUCAUUGGUUCUACUGUAGCUGGAAAUUUCUUAAAAGAAGAGAUCUGUGUUUGAACAUUUUUGAAUGUUAUACAGUAAAACCCCCUCUUUCCCACCGGGCAGCAUUGUAAUUCUGAAAUGGAGUGUUUGCAGGAAAGAGCUGCUUGUCAGGGAGAGGGCUGAUACUCUGUGAUAGGCCGUUAAUGAAAGCAAUCUAGAUUGAGAAGGUGUCACGGUCACAGAAAAUGUUAUUUCCUCUGAGCGAACAGCCUGCACUCUCUGUAGGAGCCUCACCUCGGACGCACUUAAUAAAAGGGGCCUUCGCCUCAGGGCACUGCCCUUUUCCCACAUCUAUACAGCUGUUUGACAUUUACACUCUGCCUCAUUACUAAUUUAAAUGCAAUUGCUUUCAGGACAGUGAUAUUACCAGUGUCUUGUUUUUAUUGACUGUUCAGUUAUCCAUUUCUUAUUUCACGGGUGAAGAUAAUGUCAGUUCCCGAAAACCAUUUACUUCUCAUGCGCUGACGUAGUCCCAAA